AUAAGUUCACAUUUUCAGUACCGGAAACCCGAGUACGAUCAUUAUUGGAACACGAGGCAGCGCUUGUUCUCUCCCCCUCAGUAGUGUGUCGUGUGAGGCUGCUCUCAACACUCUUUAACUAGAAACUGUAACCAUGGGUCGUAUGCACAGUGGAGGGAAGGGUAUAUCCCAGUCUGCUCUGCCGUACCGUCGCUCUGUACCAAACUGGUUGAAACUUACCAAGGAAGAUGUUGAGGAGCAGAUCGUCAAGCUGGCCAAGAAGGGUCUCACCCCAUCACAGAUUGGUGUGAUAUUGCGAGACAGCCAUGGUGUUGCUCAAGUGCGGUUUGUUACUGGCAACAAAAUCUUGCGUGUGCUCAAAGCAAAGGGCUUGGCCCCAGAUAUACCAGAGGACCUGUAUCACCUUAUUAAGAAGGCUGUAGCUAUCCGCAAGCAUCUAGAAAGGAACAGGAAAGAUCGUGAUUCGAAGUUUCGUCUUAUUCUGGUAGAGUCUCGCGUCCACCGCUUGGCCCGUUAUUAUAAGACUAAUAGUGUAUUGCCACCUACUUGGAAGUAUGCAUCCUCUACAGCUUCUGCCCUUGUUGCUUAAAUAAAAAUUUUAUCACGA